AUGGAAGUGACGACGUUUCGGCCCGAGGUGUGGAACGUGUCGUCAGUGGGCGGCGGAGGAGGGAACUGGAGCUGCGAGCCGGCGCCGACGCUGACGCAGGCGUCGUGGGUGCGCGCGUGGGUGCUGUCGGCGAUGGCGGCGCUGUCGCUGCUGGGCAACGCGGCAACCAUCGCCAGCAUCCGCCGGCGGCACUGGGCGGCCGCGCCCGGCAGCAGCCGCCACCAGCCCUCGGCGGUGUACGCGCUCAUCCUGCACCUGUCGGCCGCCGACCUGCUGGUGACGGUCUUCUGCAUCGCCGGCGAGGCCGCCUGGAGCUACGCCGUGCAGUGGCUGGCCGGCAACGCCGCCUGCAAGCUCUUCAAGUUCGCGCAGGUGUUCAGCCUCUACCUGUCCACCUUCAUCCUGGUGCUCAUCGGCAUCGACCGCUUCGUCGCCGUGCGCUACCCCAUGCGCGCGCUCGGCGCCGCCAACCGGCUGGGCCGCCUCGUCUCGGCCGCCUGGGGCCUCAGCGCCCUGCUCAGCCUCCCGCAGAACAAUAGAGGGCAACAGCUGAUGUUCUCCGAACACAAGGAAGUGUCCCGCAAGAUGUACCAUUCGUGUCACUUGCUGUUGCAGAUAGCCAUCUUCCACGUGGAGAGGGGCCCGUUCUGCGAGCUGUUCCUGCAGUGCGUGACGUACGGCUUCUACACGGAGCCGUGGCAGGAGCAGCUGUACGCCGCAUUCAGCCUCAUGUGCAUGUUCGUGCUGCCGCUCGCCAUCCUGAUCGGAACAUACGUCUCCACUUUCAUCACCAUCUCACGCAGCGAGCGCGCGUUCCGGCUGGAGGCGGAGCGCGGCAGCAAGGGCGGCGGCGGCGGCGGGGGCGGCGACGCGGCGGGCGACAACCGGCGCCGCCUCAUCCGGCGCGCCAAGGCCACCUCGGUGCGCAUCUCGCUGCUCAUCGUGGCCGCCUUCGUCGUCUGCUGGACGCCCUACUACACCAUGAUGAUCAUCUUCCUCUUCCUCAACCCGGACAAGCACCUGAGCGAGGAUUUGCAGUCGGGGAUCUUCUUCUUUGGGAUGUCCAACAGCUUGGUGAAUCCUAUCAUCUACGGUGCCUUCCACCUGUGGAGACCAAGACGUAAAAGUAGAAGUGAAUAUCGCAGGUAA